GGCACGCUCCCGGUGCGCACCGACUCUCCACGGAGCAGACCAUCAGUAAAGGCGGACAAACAGUUUAAAGUGACAACUCGGCUCAGCCUCUCGCCGCAGCAGCACGUCAGUGUGUUUUUAAAACCACCUCAAAGGCUCAAAGAAGGAAAAUUCACAGAAUGCGCGUGUGGAACUUUUUGCGCCAUUAAAAAAAACAAAAAAACCCAAAAUCAAAACGAUGGAUUUUUACGCGCAGAACGACACUUGGCCAGAUUGCGUCGGAGCGCAGAGUGAUGCGCCACAGAGCGCCAGCGGCAGUUUGGAGGCAGCAGGAAACAUCUCGUGUGACAACGUGUCCACUCUCUUCAUUCCACAGCCCACGAGAUACAGAGAUGUGACGCACAUACUGCAGAUCCUGCUGUACUCGCUCAUCUUCUUUCUCGCCGUUUUCGGCAACCUGCUGAUCAUCGUGGUGCUGACGGUCAAUAAGCGCAUGCACACCGUUACCAACACCUUCCUGUUGUCGUUGGCGGUUAGCGAUCUGAUGCUGGCCAUCUUCUGCAUGCCCUUCAGCCUCAUCCCCAACAUCCUCAAGGACUUCAUCUUUGGAGCCGUCAUGUGCAAGAUUGUGUCCUACCUCAUGGGGAUAUCAGUAAGCAUCUCCACAUUUAGCCUGGUUGCCAUAGCGAUCGAGCGGUACAGCGCCAUCUGCAACCCCCUGAAGUCGCGGGUGUGGCAGACCCGUUCCCAUGCCUAUCGAGUGAUUGCUGCCACAUGGGUGGUGGCCUUCAUCAUCAUGAUCCCCUAUCCGAUCGUCAGUCAUUUGACGCCUUACAAGCGGCACGACAACACCACAGGACACAAGUGCCGCCAUGACUGGAGCCUUGAAAAGGCAGAGCAAACAUGGUACAUUUUGCUGCUGCUGGUGCUGUUUGCCAUUCCAGGACUGGUGAUGAUUGUUGCCUACAGUCUCAUUUCCAGGGAGCUUUAUAGAGGAAUCCAGUUUGAGAUGGGCAACAAAAAAGCUUCUACUGGUGAGAACAUGCACAAUGCACAUGCAAAACAUGUGAAGAACGGCCUGCCAUCCACUGUGUCUAACAGCAGUGAUGACGGGGACGGCUGUUACGUCAGUGCGGUUCAGAGGCCACACUCGAUGGAGAUGUCCACUCUGGCUGCCUCAACGAGGGCGAUGAAGGCAGAGCGGCCACGCAGCAACACAUCUGAGGCCAAGCUGGUGGCUAAGAAGCGUGUAAUCCGCAUGCUGGUGGUCAUUGUUGUCCUGUUCUUCGUCUGCUGGACGCCACUGUACUGCGCCAACACAUGGCGGGCUUUCGAUUACACUUCUGCUACAAAGGCCCUCUCACGGACACCCAUCGCUUUCAUCCAACUGCUGUGCUACACCUCCACCUGUGUCAACCCUAUUAUUUACUGCUUCAUGAACACACGUUUUCGCAAAGCUCUUCUUUCCACUUUCUCAUGCUGUGCUUCACCCUGCCAUCCUCGCCAUCGCCGUGGGCUACGGGACAAUGAGGAGGAUGUUACUGCUACAGGAGUGUCCAUAUCGAAGUUCAGUUACACUACAGUGAGCACCACGGGGGCCUGCUGAGGACGAUGGAGGCAACAUAGUAACCCAAAUCUAGGCCAGGUUUGUAGUUAGGACAGUAAUGCAGAAUGUAGAAAGAGGUCAUGUGACAUAGCAUUAGCAAAGAGUCAUGUCUGAGUGUUGUUAAAAUGACUUUGUUUAAAAAAAACACAUCAUAUGGUGUGUUCACAUCACUUGCACUCUGUGUGACACAUUGGCCCGCGCAGCUCUUCAACAAACAACUGAAUGUGGAACUAUGCCUCACAUACAAAAUGUUACAGAUCAUGUUCCCUCACAAUGGAAGUGAUACUCUUCAUCUUAUUCUCCCUAACUAGCCCAAGGUUCCUCCCAAGGCGCAGUACCAAA